AUGCCUCGACGUCGCAAGACUAACGCAGACAUCCACGAUUCCGACGCGUCCUUUUCCUCCGACGAUGUUUGCUACGAUAGCGACGAUACCUUCGACGCGAAAGAGCACGACGGUGGUUCAGACACCGAUGCGACGGACGUCGAAGACGAGGAUUGUGACGUUGAAGACCAGAUCCAGCUCUUCAAUGAGGAUACAUAUUCGUCCGAAUACUGGCGACGUAAGGUCGAGAGUUUUAACGAGGAUGUCUACGCCUGUCAAGAUUACAGCCUUGGGACAACGGUGCUUCUCGAUGCAGUGGCGGACCAGUGGCGCCAGUUCUCUCUCGUCCUUAAGCGCGACGUGGCAGACUGCUAUGCGACCAUUUCCGUCGGCCUUUUGUACAGCUUUUUCGACUGGGUCCUAUGCCAGAAAGUUGGCAAGAAUGGCAGGAGGAAACGUGGAAUCAAGAAGAAGAGCUCGCUGGGCACAUAUUGGAAGGUCUUUCGGCUCGUCUUUGAGAGAGCCGUGGGCGACAAGGUGGACCCGAAGCUGAACCGCAGCAUGCACAGAGCAGGUAUCUCCUACCGCGACGUUCUGCGAGAUCUCGCCAAGAAGCAUGGCUUGAGCGAACAGCGGCGAGCCAAUCGCGGCAUGACGAUCGAUGAUCUCAAACAGCAGAUCGAGACCACAUUGGGUACCACGAGGAAGUCGUUCAAGUUGGGAGAGUUGCGUAUCCUCGCCGUGCUCUUCCUUCUUCUGCUUGCCCCGGCCGGGUCUCGUCCAGAAGCUACUUUGAAGCUACAGUUCAAGGACAUCAAGGUGUCUUUGGCUAGGGAUCCAGAAGGCGGCCCACACAGACUCCUUCUUCGACUCACUCCGGAGUUCACCAAGACGUACCUUGGCGAGAAGGAACACAAAACAUACACAAUCCCCGAGACCAUAUUCGACCCUUCCCUGCUCCUAAGCCCCCAUGUGUUCCUCUUGGGCAUCCUUUUCCGUCAUCAAGCAUUCAGAGCACCCAGCCUUACGUCGCCGCACCAUCUUAGCAAGCUCGACAUCCAUAAUGGCGAGAAAGAGCUUCCCCUGCCAUUUAAGGAGGAAGUGAGUGACACCUUCAUUUUCCGCAGAGCCAUUGACACGAUGGCGGGCUAUCAGAUUUCCCUCGACGAACGUAUAUCCGCCGGGAUGAUGAACGGCUGGACCAAGAGAAUCGGCGAAAUUUUGGGUUUCAACUAUCCCACGACCGCCUACACCUUACGCUACAACGCAGCCAAUGCGUUUGAUCAAAGCGUUGAUGUCAGCGAGGCCCUUCGAAACUUGGCCAUGGGACACAGCAACUCAGAUCCCUUUCAGAAGCACUACCUUGGGCGGAACAUCUCAGCCGAUCUUUGGGGCAUCCUUCGGGGACAGAAGCCACAGCAGGCGCUCAUGAAGCAGUCCUGCAGCAUCGGUCACUCCAUAUCCAAACGUCGUCCCAUCGAUCUCACGCCGGAGCAAUCCGAUUCUGUUACCGAGCACCCCACCGUUGUGCGGUUGACUCGGGCCCUCGAAAGAUUGCCUCGACGCUCCAAGCAGUCAAAACAGACUCGGCAGGCCAUUAGAAAGGAGAAAGAGAGGCUAAGGAGGGAACUCAAACAAAAGAUCAGACAGGAAUGGACCGACAAGCAGGCCAUAGACGACAUUGAGCGCCAGAUUAAGGGCGUCGGGUUUGCCAAAAUCGCAACAGGAGGAACCUCGCGGCCUCAGGGGCAAGCUCAAAAACGACUGCUCACAAAGCUCACUGCUCCAGUCGUCAACACACUUGAGGGCCAGUAUCGUCGAAGAGAUGAUGCUAUCGCAGCAGUAUCCGCAUACUGUCUCGUCCAAGAAGGAUGCACGUCACGCCAGCCCCAACAUCGGCCAACAAAGGGUAAGAUCCCUCCUACGUCAGGUCAUCCCCGGGAGGGCAGCCCCGUAUACCAAGCUGCCCUGUCCGUCUUUGUGGCCGACAAGCAUGAACGGCCAAGACGAUGCUUUAUAUGUAUUGGUCAAGCCUUCCAUCUGCCUCCUGAUCAUGAACAGCGGUCAGACGAUCUCAUCCGUGAGUUCUACACGUCCAAUGACUUGACCAAACACGUUAGACGUAUGCACCUUUCCAAAAUUGCAGACCACGAUCAGGUAGAGUGCAAGGUUUGUGAUAUGACUCUCGAUCGCAAAAUGCACUUUCAGCGUCAUGCCCUGGAGAUACACGGCACCGUUUCAUGA